GCAUCAUGUCAGCUCUUCGUAUUUCUAAAAUUUUUAUGUGUUCGUGAUGUUUAUAGUAAAAAAGUAUUUCCUAUAUUUUUUUAUAUAAUCCAUACACAGAUUCAUAUCUGAUGCGAUUAAAUUUUUGAAAAAAAUCUCAUUGAACUCUUUAAAGAACACAAGUGGGAAAUCGGCUGUUUUCUAGGAAAAAACUCACAAAAAUCAGACGUACACUAACUAUGCAUUCUAUGAUACAAAUCUUAGAAGAUAUAUUGUAAAAACUUGCUGUCCUUUUUUGUAACUUUUUAUUAGCUGUAACAAACUCUGAUAAGACUGUGAUUUAAUUGUAUCCAGAUAUAUUUAUAUGGCCAACCGGUUGACGGAUGAUGAGCUUCGCGAAUCGCUCAAAGAGUAUGGGGAGGAUGUCGGGCCCAUCACACCCACUACACGUUCGACAUGGGAGAGGAGACUGAAUAAUUUUCGUAAAUCCAAGGGUUUAAACCGUAAAUCCACUCUCAAUGCAUUCAGUUCUGAUGAUAGUGAAAUUGAGAACUCUACCUCUAGUACCCGCAGGAGCAAGAGAACUUCACUGAACUCUUCAUACUCCCCUAGUGCAUCAUCAUUCGAUGAUAAUACCUUUAAAAAGCCCACAUCUCCCUCAUUCACAGUUCAAGGCCGACAUUUAGAAAAACCUAACCAUCUUAAAAACCAAAAUUUUCUUAGUAAGCUGAAUAAGAAUGUAGCGAGAUCAACAUUCGAUGUAGAAACGUCAGAUUCGGAUUUUGAUUCCGAUUUUUCCCCACUUUUUAAAACCUCUAGACGGACACGUAAGAAAUCGAGUAGAAAUUCUACGACGACAGAUUUUAAAGAUGCAUCUCCAUCACGGAAUUCACAGAUGCCAGUGAACAGUUUUCGAGGUAAACCUCCUCUUGAUUCUACAUGGCAGCCUAGUUCGUCUGAAAGUAGAUUUCAUCAUUAUAAUUCAACUGUAAACAGAUUAAAACCAGAUCACAUAGUAGGUCAAAGCUAUCAUACCAAUGGAUACCUUUCGAGCACUCUAACAAAUGGUGAAUUAAAUGAAGAAAGAGUGGAAGAAGGGUCACCCACCAAUUACUCUCAUUAUCACAUAGUAGGUCAAAGCUAUCAUACCAACGGAUAUCUUUCGAACACUCUAACAAAUGGGGAAUUAAAUGAAGAAAGAGUGGAAGAAGGAUCAUCCACCAAUUACUCUCAUUGUAUAUCCUGGUUUAUACUGUUUGGAGCCGCUACAUUUUUCAUUGUCAUUGGAAUACUGUAUGUCAUGGAGUUGCAAAAGAACACACACUUGGCUGGUAAAAGUAAUUCAAAAUUUUGUGAAAAAAUGAAUGAGGAGGACUGUGAAAAUCUCAUACUUUUAUCUAGGGAGCUUCAUCAGCUACUAACAACAAACGCAGGCAUUUAUGAUUGUGCUACAGAUGAAGAAAAUUUGACUCGUGAAAUGACCAUUCCAGAUGCAAGAAUAGCUAUGAAAGAUUAUUUUAAUCAUGAAACUAAAUAUGAGGGGGACAAGUUUGAAUUCCUUUUCACUAAAUCUGUCUUAUUGUUGAUCAGAUUUCCUGAAAUGGGAAUUAAAUCUUAUCCUGUGUAUGAAGAAGAAAAAAAAGGUGUACUAUCCCUACAAGUGAAUGAAACCAUCCCUUUUAGUGCCUUGGAGGCUAUACAAGGGUCCAAGUCUCUCAUGUGUCGCAUUCGCCUCUCUCUCAAGUGGACUCUUACAAAAAUUAUACUUUUGUGUGGUGUUGGAGUUCUUUUAUCUGUAUGCUUCUUUGUUACAAAAUUAUGGAAGAAGCGGAAAGAAGACCAGGAAAAAAUGUUUUAUGAGAUGGUUGAAAAAGUAAUUGAUAUUCUUCAAGAAACUUCGGAGUGGUCUGUAAGCAGUGAACCUUAUAAAGCUGUUGUGAAAGUUAGAGAUGCUGUCAUUCCUGCCAAGGAAAGAAGAGGAAAAUUGUGGCUUUGGGAUAGAGUUGUAGCAUUUAUUGAAGAGAAUGAGUCAAGGGUAUCUGUGGAAUAUCGAACCAUAAAUGGAGAAGAUUUUAAAGUAUGGAAAUGGCAACCAUUCACUACCACAGAAAAUGAAGGUGGUAAGCAAGGUAAAGUCUGGCAAGGUCAAGCAUUUAGUAGCCUUGGAAAAGGAAGGAAUACCAUGUACAGCCUUAGUCCCUGCUUAAAGAUAAGAAACAUGUUUGACUCGGAAGUUGAAUACGAGGAAAGCUGGCAGACUAGCAUCCAAGAUGCAAUUUUAGAAAAAUGUGAAGGAAAUGAUGGAAUCAGGCAUAUUGCCAUAGACACUUCUAACAAUGAGGGUUGUGUCUAUAUGCUUUGCAGUUCAUCAGAAACUGCUGGUAAAGCUUUCAAUGAUCUCCAUGGAUGGUGGUUUGAUGGUAAAUUAGUGACAGUGAAGUAUAUUCCUUACAAAAGAUACUUGGAACGAUUUCCAGAAUCAGAGCAUUGUACAGCGUCUCUGAAACCUUCCAACAACAAGCGACUUUCCUUAUCCACUCCAUUCUUUUCCUCAGCAUUGGAAAGAUCUUGAACUCUUUGUUUAUUUUUUUUUCUUUUUUAGCCCCCUCCUUUAGCACUUCUUUGUUAUCCUCAACUUUUUAUUUCUCCUCCCCCCCCCCAAAUUUUGCAUAAUGUGCGUUGUGUAGAAUGCAUUGAAAGAAUAAAAAAAAAUGUAUUAUAUAUGUUUGUCUUUCAAUAAAAGCUUCUCGUUUAGUUGUAAUAAAAAUAGUUAUUUAUUAAUAUAUCAGUGGUAAUAAUCCAAUGCAUUUAUAGUGUGCAUCAAUUAUUGAAAUAAAACCACGCAUUUGUUUA